UCAUAUUUCACUUUAUACGAACAUGGCGGUCAGCGAGCUAAAAUUGAAGCUUCAGUUUCAGGAUGUGUGUGACAAUCGUAUACAAGUCUUCCUUUCGAGUCGUUUCAUCCUAGGCCCUUAUGCGAACUGAAUUGCAGAACGGCAAUCGUAAUUUGCCCAAGAACAGAAUCCUCGACUGGUUAACAUUGAGGUUGUUGCUCAUUUUUGAAAGAGGUUUGUUGGCUCUUCUCUAUCUGAUAACACAAUCAACAGCUUUGGUAAUGGAAAGUGACGAUGUGUUCUUGAACGAAGAAACGAAACCUCAAAAUCCCAACUCUCUGGAUAGAAAUCGUGCUGAAAUAAAAUCUCACAUGGCGAACGAUCGGGACAGGACUCGCGCUAUAUCUGUACCUCAUAUCCCCGCAGCGAAACAUACUGCAAGUAAUCCAGUGAAAGAUUUCAUCGCAAACUUUGUCAAUAGGAAAGGACCUAAGAAACGAAGCACUAUAAAACGAUCUGUGACCACCGAAAAUGUAAGCGACGAGAAAGCGCUGGUUAGACAUGUCGGUAGUGGUCAUUCGUUUAUUCAACAUCAACUACGGAAUCCUACAUGGUGUGAUUGUUGUGGAGAGUUUAUCUGGGGAAUCUUCAAGCAAUGUGUGCGCUGCAAAAAUUGCAAGUACACAUGUCAUAGGCGAUGCAAAGAGGAUGUGGAUUUAGACUGUACCGGAAGUUGGCUGUAUGAAAGAAUGAUGUCAGUGGAUGAGGUGACCAUGAAGACAUUACAUCUUGUAGGCCAGGGAGAGAAGAGAAAAGAACCUUUCAUGCUUUACACAGAAUCCCCAACAGGAAGCCUUCUUCGCAGGAAAAUUGAUGAAUUCAAUUCAAGCACAACUGGACUUAUAAUGUCCAUGAGGACUGAGGAGACAUACCAAGGCUUCAUUCGUGUGAAUAUGAACUUGCUCCGUCCAAUCCAUAUCAAAGAAGGAGAGACACCCCUGUCAAUUUUUCAGACAGCCGUGCUGUCAAACGAUGAUGAUCUGAAUCAUAAGAGCUCACGACGGACAACAUUUUUUCUUCCACUCGAGACAGAGAAAGCUUUACAUGUGACUAGUGAAACUACUGUUCACCAGGUCAUUGUAGCUCUCCUUAAGAAGUUCAAGGUAGCUGAUAAUCCAAGAAAAUUUGCAUUAUUUGAAUGUUACCAAGAAGAAGAUGACCACGUCAUUCUUCGUCGGAUGUCUGACUUUGAGAAACCCCUGGUGCUAAGGUUACUUUGGGGUGGAGCAGACAUAAGACACAAGUUCUCACUCCAGGAGAAUGAAACAGGAGAUAUUGUGUGGGAGGUAUUCACAACACCAGAGCUUCAAAAUUUCAUGAAGAUACUGGACAGAGAAGAGGAAGAACAUAUAUUGCAGGUGGAAGAAAAGUACAGACUUUACAAGGAAAGACUAGAGCAGGCUUUAGCACUGGUGCAACCAAACCAAACAGUCUGUGAUGAAAAACCACCUUCUGACGAGUCAGAUGAAACAGCAAGAUUAUAAGUAGAUAGCAGUGCUGUUAUAGAUUUAAUUUGUAUUAUGUGAUUUUCGAAUAGUUACACAUGCACAGAAAAACAAAAAUAUUAAAGGUUUCAAAUAGGAUUACAUGGACAAAUUUUAGUAGUUUUGACACCUAUAUUAGUUUAUUGUAACUACCUUUACAUUGUUGCUUUUAAACUAAUCACAUACAUGCAGGGUGUUUUCAUUGUAAAUCAGAAAAUUAAACAAUUGUUGUAGCUUUAACCCUCUAACUCCCAAGAUCUGAUUGUUAAUUCUCCCCUCUACCUGCUGCAGAUUUUCUUGUAAAUUGGUUACAGGAACUUAGAGUUAAAUCAAGGUAACAACUUCUAUCUGAUACUUUUAAGUAGUCUUUUUGUAUUAAGUAUAUUAAUCAGUAGUUUCACUAGCAACCUUUGUGGCUUCCUUUGGUGUUGAUAUAUGGAAUCCCAUGAAGGUGGGUUCCCACUCUACUGAUAAGCAAUCUUGCAAUCAGUGGGUAAAAAGGAAAAAAGUGUAUGCAAGGGUGGGAAUGUGUAGGUAAGUAGUCUCAUGACUUGUUUUCUGGAGAAUGUAUGGACACUUCAGGGAGAAGUUACAUGUUAAUCAAUUCAGGGAGUUGAGGAUUAAGUGUUUUUAUUCUAGCAUGUAGUUCAGUCUGUUACUCUUCACCAGUACCAUGCAAACUUAUUUCUGAAUGAAAACCCUGGUACCAGUAUGUAAUAAAUAGUGAAUGAAUAGCAGUAUUUAAAAUUGGUGGUUCUCUAAUGACCCAAAGAAUAAACUUUUGAUAACCGUUA